UUAGAUUUCUUACCCUCCAAGUCAACUCUAAGGCCAGAGCGGUGUAGCUCAUCAGUAAGAGCCUGUGCAAGUAAUUGCGUAUCCUCUCUUGACGGCCGGGCUGUCCUGCUUCUCUAGCCAAACAACAGUCGAUCGUCAUGUGGCCAUGGAUUGAUUUUAUUCGCCUACUCUACGUCCAAGGAGCCGUUGCUACGUUGGUGCUGGCUAGAUCAGAAGAGGGCAGUGGUAUAAAUCUAGAACGGGUUGCCACCGUAGUGAAGUCUUUCAAGGACAUCGAUGGGAAAAACGCACCGUCAAGAGAGACACAGGAGACCGAGGCUCCGUCGCGAGUUGAGACAUCACAGCCACCCCUACGAAACGUACAUACGAAGAUAUACGAAGAAAUCAAGCGAUCGAAAGGUCUAAAGCCGGAGCUAGCACCCGCUGGUCGCCCGAAGCAAGCUGACAGGUCACGCGACCUCGACGAGCCUGUGGACAAAGAGAAAGUUCUUCACCAUCCAUCAAGUCACUGUGAAUGCGUCAAGAACUGGAAGGACUUUGAUCACAUAUGCAGCCUCAACUUCCAUUUUGGUUUAGAAGUGGUUGUCUUGAACAGGACCAAGAACGGUUAUUAUGUCACACUACUCGAUACCUACAAAAUGCCUCAAAAUAACCUCAAUUUGGUAAAAGGAAAAACAGUGCAUCUCAGAUUUCCACACUCAAACUCCAAAAUUAACCUGAAAUUUGCCCGCUGCCGGUGUGUCAACAUGAAGCACAGCAAGCGCUACGUUGCGUUCGGUUAUAAGUCUGAUGGAGGAAUGGGUGAAGAAGUUCUACAUGUUCAUCAUGCUGUCCUCACGCAGGGAACGCAAACAGAGGUCUAUACCAGGCUAACCAGAGUACUACAACGAAUCCUAAACCAUCAGUGCAAAGAGAAGUCAAAAGAGCAUGCAGAGCCCGUUUCUGGUCUGAAAGAGCUCAGUCCAGUGAAAGUUGGUGAAAGGGUAGGCAAAGACAACGACGAUUUCAGUAGCCACCACCAUGGUGGUAACACUAGUGAACCCUAUGGUCAGCUCAAAGAAAGCAGUCUUCCAAUUAAAGAGCUAGGUCGGUGAUUUGAGAGUUACUAUACUAUCUGUUCUUUAAUUGAUUAGUUUUAUAGUCCAGUCUAGCUGGCUAGAGCCUGCGUUGUCAUUGACACUGAGAAUGUGAUUGACAUUUAUUAUCUAUGUAUAAUGUAAGUACAGGCAGUAGUCUGUUCUGCAUCUUUGUUUACAUGUCGUAUGUACUAAAAUAUUAGGUCAUAUAUGAAUAUCAGUGGUAU